AUGGCUACACAUCGACACCCGGAUCUGCUGGGCAUGCCGGCUGUCAGUGUACCCAGUGGUGUGACGUACUCUAAUGCACGUAAGCGACACUAUCACACAACCCACGCCGGAGGCAAUGCAGAUACACUCUCCUCAACAACAACAGGCGCUUACGCUGUGGACGGGCGGCAGGAGGAGCUCGGUACUCACACAGACAAUAAAACGGGACGAGAGAGUGGGCCUACGGAGACACGGGAUGAUGAGAGUACAGGUGUACGGGUGAGGACAAACGGUACUGGAGAUACCUCUGGGCCUAUCGCCACAGACAACCGUGUCAGGCGCGACCCGCACCCGCCAGCCCACCCGCAGAGUAUCAGCUGUGGGGUGGCUGUGCCUGGCCACGGCCCUGUGCCACGAGCCACACGCGUGCGAACGAACAACUCAUUGACCCGCACCGAGCAAGCCGUGGAGGGCUUCCUGUCCAGCGUACACGUGUUCCGAGAGACCACGUGUGCGGGACUGCUGACACGACUGAAGUCGCUUGAGGAGGUGUUGAUAGAGGCGGAUGUGCGGUUGCUGGUGAUUGAUUCGGUGGCGUCGCUGGUGAAAGCGGAAUUCAGCGGCGCCAAAAGCGGGACGCAAAGCGGGACGGCGGAGCUGAGCGCGUGGUCUGACAGGGCACGCGCCGGGGGUCGUGGGAGGGCUGGGCCUGGGGGAAAGCAGUACAAAGAGAGUGGCGUAGAUAAGAAUGGGUUCUUGGCGGAUGUGGUAUCGGCGCUAAAGUAUAUCGCAGAGACUUUCAGGAUACCUGUGCUGGUGUCUAAUCAUAUUGAGACGCGGUUUGUGGAUGCGGCUGAUCCGGUAGGUACACACAUCAACCUGCACGCACUCGGAGACGAGCCUGCCAGGGGGCGCACGCAGACCCACCAAGGUCAUACCCGCCCGGCCACACACAGGCCCAGUACACACCGUGCCAAGAUGCCAAACAGCCCUACAGACGGCCUGGGGAUACUCAAUGGAGAGGAUGUGGAUGUAGAUGCAGAUGUAGAUACGGAGGACAACCUAGACGCGACAGAGAGUUACUUGGCGGCUGCGCUGGGAAACACGUGGUACCAUGGUGUUAACACGCGACUGGUCAUCGAGUACAACGACCGUGAAAACGAGCGCCGCAUCCGAGUGGCCAAGUCUCCCGUGUGUCCCCCUCUGACGGUGUGUGUUUGA